CACACGAUCCUUUUGUUUACAUUUUUAUUUCUAUAAUUUUCGCCUUUCGUGUGGUACAUUUGACUUAGAUAAAAGAAUUUAUAAUUUGAUGGAGAUAGUAGGAUUACCAUGAUUAUCGGAGAUUGGUGGAAUUAUGCUUUUUCUUAAUAUUAAAUUCUGAAAAACUGGUUGUGUAUCAAUAUCCACAUACAAACAUGUAAACAAAUAAUCAACUGUUCAGUGAGCUGAUAACCUUUGAUAGAGAUGAGUAAAUGGAAAUGUGUUUACAUUACUUCUGUUAGGAUUCUGGUUAGGAAAGUGUGGUUAGUUUGCAUAAACUAUAGAUAUUAGAUUUUUUAGGAUAUAAUUUAAUAUAUUUAGACUGCCAUGACCUGCAGAUGAACCAAUUAUGUUUGAGAUCAUUAGAAAGACAUUCAUUAUGACUGAUAUGAAUAUACAUUUCUGCCGGCGGAAAAGCUUUUGACUUGUUUCUUUAUUGCCAAUUGAUUUAACUAUUUCCUCAACACUCCCAUGUCCAAACGAAUUAUUUAGACAAGUGUCGUACAUCACUGUGGGGAAACGGACACCGGAUAUAGCCCAGAAAGUGAUCAAUCAAUAAACGUUUUAUUUUGACACACGAUAAUGGCAUGUUUCGAUGGCAACAAGUUUUCUGAGGAAGGACUAGAAGGACAACGUAAGAAACAUUUAAACGAAUUCAAAGAUUUUCAGAAACACAUAGAUAUAGCCGUAACAGGGAGCUCUGGAGCCGGAAAGUCUUCUUUUAUCAAUGCUAUAAGAGACAUAUCUACAGAUGAUCCCGGAGCAGCUGAAGUAGAUGUUUUAGAAUGCACUAAUAAGUUGCAAGAGUACUUAUACCCAGAUAAUAUCAACUUCCGGAUAUACGAUUUGCCUGGUGUAGGAACUCCGCAUUUUCAACGAUCAACCUAUCUAUACAACGUUAUGUUUGAAAAAUAUGACAUUUUCAUUAUCCUUACAGAAACACGGUUUACGAGUGAAGAUCUGUGGCUGGCUCAACAGGCAGAAGAGAAAGGAAAACACUUUUAUUUUGUUCGUUCUAAGAUAGACAAUGACGUUUGGAGCAACAGGCGAGCACAUCCCAGGACACAUAAUGAAGCUGAUCUGUUGAAUGCGAUAAAAGAAGAUUUAGAGUCGAACUUAAAAAAAUUUAUAAGAAAGGACAUUUUUCUUAUAGACAACUACGAAACGCAGCUAUACGAGUUUGGACAUCUAAUGUCUAAACUGAUGCAAGAUUCUAAUGAGAUAAAACAAGAUGUCUUAGCUUUUUCUCCGACAUGCCUUUCAAACGAAGUUAUAGCUACUGGUGCAUUUGGUAAUGUUUCGGAGGCCGAAGAUUCAAGUUUUGUAUUAGCUGAGACCGUGACAAAUACUGAUGGUAACAAGUACUCUGGAUUCGUUGAAAAGGUCAAACAAUUGAAAUCUUACUACGAUGAAGGGGGAAUAAAAGGACUAGCAGAACACUUUCAGACAAAUUUAAACGAAUGGAAGGAUGUCCACAUCCAAAAUAGCCGUAACAGGGAGAUCUGGAGCCGGAAAGUCUUCAUUUAUCAAUGCUAUAAGGGACGUAAAUGCAGAUGACGAUGAUGAUCUGAAACCUGCGGGAGUAGGUGUUACAGAAUGUACAACUGGGGUUCAAGAGUACAUAUACCCUGGUAAUAGUCAGUUCCGUUUAUACGAUUUGCCAGGAGUGGGUACUCUAAAAUUUCAACAAGAAACAUAUCUUAAGGACGUUGACUUCGAAAAGUACGACUUGUUUAUAAUCAUCACAUAUACAAGAUUUAUGAAUGAAGAUCUCUGGCUGGCACGACAAGCCGAGGAAAAAGGAAAACCGUUUUAUUUCGUACGUUCUAAGAUAGAAAACGAUAUUAGAAACGACAAGCGAGCCCAUGAGAAAACACAUAACGAAGCUGCUGUGUUGAGAAAAGUGAGAAAAAACAUGGAGUCGAACUUGAAAAGUUUUGACGUGAAGGAUAUUUUUCUUAUCGACAACUACGACAUACAAUCAUAUGAUUUUGCACUUCUAACCACAAAACUUUUUCAAGAUGUUAAUGAGAUGAAACAAGAAGCUUUAGUUUUUUCUCUGGCAUGCCUCUCAAGGGAAGUAAUUGAGGAGAAGAAGAAACGUCUUGAACGAAGAAUCCCAAUAAUAUCUACCUUUGCUGGUAUGAUCGCUAGUGUGGAAAAUAUUUCGUUAAAGAAGGCCUCGGAUUCAAGUGUUCUUUCAGGAGAGAUAAAAUUUUACGGCGAACAGUUCAGAGUCGAUACAGCAUCCUUAAAAGUCGGAGGUGAAGUGUGCGAUCUUUCUGAAGAUGAUAAAGAAGCGCUU